CCUUUCUUCACGCCUCUCCUCUACUCUCCCUUCCUUCCGUAAAUUCAAACGGCGCUCGCUCGCUCUCUCCGGCGCUCGGGCGAGAGGGGGUGAUACAGGACGGAUGCUGCUCUCCAAUCGAGCAAAACAUGACUACUGGACAAAAUUUUCUUUAUAAUGCUUUUUCUCUGUCGGGCGGCAUAUUCAUCGCAUGAAAGUCCUUCCGUCAACGCGGCUAAUAACCUGGAAUCGCUUCUGCAGAGCAGGCCACACCUCGUCGGUCAGUGAGCGAGAGGGAGGUGAUGGCCCCCAACUCGUUUGUGCCUUGUUGCCUGCGUUUUACAGGCAGUAGGAGAAGGCCGGGGUUUUCUUCACGGCCUCUUCAGUAGGCGAUUGAGGCGGAUGGCGAUGGAGGCGGAGGCGAUGACGGUGGAGGCGGCAGUGACAGGGCCAGAGGUGGCAACGUCGUCACCGCUACUAUCAUCCACCUCUACCUUAUCAAGAACCAAUUACGAAGUGUUCUUGAGUUUUAGAGGUCCUGAUACUCGCCAGGGAUUUGCAGAUUGCCUCUUCCGUAACCUGAUUCAUGCAAGGAUCAUGGUCUUUAAAGACGAUGAAGAACUUGAUCCCGGAGAAAAUGUCCCUGAUGCAUUGGUUCAAUCCAUUAAGCAAUCCAAGAUAUCAAUACCUAUUCUCUCUCAGGAUUAUGCAAAUAGUAAGAGUUGUCUGAUGGAAUUGGCCCAAAUGGUGGAAUGCCAAGAAGAAGGCGGUCAACUGAUCGUGCCCAUUUUCUAUGAUGUUAAGCCCGCUGAUUUAAAAUACCGACGUGGACGAGUUGGGGAGGCCUUCUUUAAGCACGAGAAACGUGGAGUUGACUGCAAGGUCAUUGAUAUAUGGAAGCAGGCUCUUGAAAAGAUUGCUGACAUGGAGGGGUAUGAUUUGCAGAAUACAGACACAGGUUAUGGUGCACUCACAGACAAAGUUGUUUCAGAUAUUCUAGAGUUGUUGAAAAAGAAUGAUUUAGUAGUGAAGAACGGUUUAGUGGGCAUGGAACCCCACGUACGGGAGGUUAUGAAAAAGCUUGGUGUCAUCUAUGUCAAUGAGCAAGUAAUCGGAGUACAUGAUCAAAAAGAUGUACGUGUGCUUGGGAUAGGGGGCAUGCCGGGGAUUGGCAAGACUACCCUUGCAAAGGUUGUGUACAACAAAAUCCAUCAUCUCUUUCAACGUUGUAGUUCUCUUUCCAAUGUUCGAGAAAAUGGCACGUCUGAUAAUCUCACCAUGGGCCUGCAAAAACAGUUAAUCUCACACCUCCGAAGGAAGGAGUACACAAAUCUAAGAACUCUUGACCGAAUGACUAAUUUCAUAAAAAGUGCAUUUAGCGAAAUGAAAGUUCUCAUUCUCCUUGAUGAUGUGCAUCAUUUUGAUCAAAUCAGGCAUUUAGUUGGGGAUCUAAGUUGGUUUGGCCCUGGAAGUAGGAUUCUCAUGACAAUUGGGAAUAUUGAUGUUCUUGAUGGUUAUGGAGAUGGAGUGGCUGAUAAGUAUGAAGUUGGACAAAUGGAUACUCCUCAAGCUCUUGAACUUUUCCGCAUGCGUGCUUUUAGUGGGUAUACUCGCGAAGAGGAGGAUGAGUAUGAUGAUCUGGCCAGACGCAUUGUUAAAACUAUUGGAGGGAUUCCUUUGGCAAUUGAAGUAACGGCUUCAUACUUGCAUAGCAAAAGGGGGAAUAUACAAAUAUGGGAAGCUAUAUUGCAGAGAUUACAUACAAGGUCAGCAGAUGAAGUCCAUGAAGUGAUCAAAGUAAACUAUGACUCUCUAAAGGGAGACACGAGAAAGAUAUUUCUCGAUAUCGCAUGUUUUUUCAUCGGAAUGGAUGCGAGAAUUCCCUCAUACAUGUGGGAUGCAUGUGACUAUUAUUCUCCAAUUGGAAUCGAGUUACUCCGUAACAUGAGUUUCGUCAAAAUAGGAGAAAAUAACGAAUUAUGGAUGCAUAAUGAACUAAGAAAAUUUGGCAGGGAAAUUGUUAGGAGGGAAAAUGAAAAUGAGCCUCGAAAGCGCAGUAGGUUAUGGAAUCACAUUGAUGCACUUUCCACGCUUAAGGGAGCGCAGAGUGCUAGAAAGGUGGAAGCCCUUGGUCUCACGUUUGAUGAGGGACAAAGUGAAUGUUUUAGACGUGAAGGAUUUAGCCAUCUACAGAGCUUGAGGUUUUUGAGAUUGGACAAGGCUACUGUUGGAGGAAUUCUUCAGGAUGUUCUUCCAAAUUCAUGGUGGCCUGGCUAUAUACCACACUGGUUGAGAUUGGACCAGGCUACCGUUGGAGGGAGUUCUCAUAAUGUUCUUCCAAAUUCAUGGUGGCUUGGCUAUAUACGACACUUGUUGAGAUUGGACCAGGCUACCGUUGGAGGGAGUUCUCAGGAUGUUCUUCCAAAUUUAAGGUGGCUUGGUUGGCAAGGUUGCAGCGACAUCUCUGAACUGCUGAUUUUCCAUUUGGAGAAACUGGUCAUUCUUGAUCUAUCUCGCAGUUUGGUCACUGGAGAUCCAGAAGUAUGGGAACAAAUCCUGAAGACGGCAAAGGAACUGAAAGUUUUGAACCUAAGUGGCUGUUGUAACCUGAAUGGUUUUUUACGCUUCCCUGCUUCUGUGGAUUUACAGAGCUUGGACUUACAGAGAUUAGUCUUGGAACAUUGUUCCGUACUAUCCCAAAUUGGUCCAUUUAUAGGUAAUCUAAAGAACUUAGUCUCCUUAAAUCUUAAGUUCUGCAAAUCCAUUAGCGACUUGCCGCAAGAACUAUGUCAUAUGAUAGAUUUGGAAGAACUUCUGAUUGAUGGAACUUCCAUUAGGGAGAUUGAUUUCAAACCAGCCUCCAUGAAGAAACUCAAGAUUCUGAGCGCUUGCCAAUGUGAAAGAUUGACUCAUAUAUCAGACUCUAUUGGUGACUUGGUAUCUCUUGUGCAUCUUCGACUGGAAGGUGCCGCUAUUGAAUGGCUACCAAAUUCUAUUGAGUCCUUAAAGAAACUUCAGAGCCUGCUUCUAGGAAAUUGUCAGAAUUUACUUGAGCUUCCUCUUUCCAUUGGGAAUCUCGAGUCACUUGAAGUCAUGGAUCUAUCGAGCACCAAGAUUGUUAGUUUACCUAGGUCUGUCGAGCAUUUGAAAAAUUUGAAAGUGCUGAAGAUGGAGAAGACUCACUUACAAGAAUUCCCCAAUGAUAUAAUAGAUCUAGAAAAGCUGGAAGAGAUAGAUCUUUCAGAAUGCCGGACUCUGAAGGGGUUGAUUUGCUGUGAUAUGACAGGAUUAUCCUCUUUGAAAAUCUUGAGAUUAUCAUCUACCGGGAUUUCUGGCCUACCCUUGACCCUUCGAUUGCUCUCUGAUCUCCAACAACUAGAUUUAAGGGGAUGUGACGAACUUCGGUAUGUGCAAGAACUUCCAUCUAGUUUGCAAGGACUUCCAUCUAGUUUAAGUAUUCUUCGCUGGGGAUCCAAAAUCAUGCGGACUGUGCCAGACCUUUCUUUCUUGAGAAACUUGAAAGAGCUGUACUUGGGUGAUAACUUUAGUCCUACUGAUCCAAUUCAGAAUUCUUCCCCUGAACCACAAAUUGGAUGGUUAGCAAGACUAGCAAGUCUAGAAAUCUUGGAGUUGUGCCACUCAAAGAUUACCAAGCUCCCUGAAUGUUUUAGUAAACUUCGACUAAGAAAACUUGUUUUGCACUACGCAUUUUUGCGUGACCUUGGGGAGCUACCCUCUAGCUUAUCGAUGUUGUGCCUUCACUGCUGCAUGAUUCAAUAUUCACUAUUUUCUACGGUGAGAGGUCUGUCUGAAUUAGAACUCAAACGCUGUCACUUGGCAGAGACUGUAAGUCUUAAAGAUUUGAGGGGAUUGCAACUUCUGAGAAUAUUUGACUGCAAUGUGCGAAAACUUGAUGGGCUGGAAAAUUUGCCUCAUUUUAGAAGGCUCACUUUAAUGGAAUGCCCUUCAUUGACCGGAUUACCAGAUCAAACAAAUCGUAAAUUCGAAAUCGAUGGGUACAAUUUCCCAGAAAAACAUCUAGUCGGCAGUUAUGAUGCUCGCACUAAUGGUUAGAAUAUUGUGGAAAUGCUUCAAGAUUGAUUCCGACUGAAGAUCUUGCUGCACAACGGAUAUUCGGUCUAUAUUCAAUAAGAAGUUGGAGGCUCUUCUGAAAAGUAAAUGUUGCUACUUUUUGCUUUCCUCGACUUGAACAUCUGUACAACUCCAUGAUGCACACCAGUCGGUCCUUUUUCUCUUUUGGCCCUACGGUCAAAUUUCUGAGAAGUGUCCUCUCCACCUCGUUGUGGGCUUGGAGCUUCUCUGUUGGUAGGCCUGACCUUUUGGGGGGGGGGGCUUGGACAGGCAAGUUUGUGCUUUGAAAUCUUUUGCCAGCUUUCGAUUUUAAAUUCUCAAUUCUUUCAUUUAUUUUCUCUUCUUUUAGUGAAAAUGCAAAAAUGGUAACUGGAGCACAGAA